ACCUGAGAACCACUGAUCAGGACAAAAGAAGUGCAGAAGUUUCCUUUAUCAUUAUUAACAUCAACAGCCAUUUUAUCAGCACAUUAUGUACAGACCAGUCACAGCUUCUCGGACAUCUUUGCCACUAUGGGUGAUUGCCCUCAUUGUGUUUGGAGUGUUGGCAAUCCUGGGAAUAGCUAUUGGUCUCCUGGUUCAUUUUCUGGCAGUAGAAAACAAGACCUACUAUUACAAAGGUAGCUUUAAAGUGCUGGAAAUCCCAUAUAAUAGAAAUUAUGAGAGGGAGACAUCACCAGAAAAUAACAAUCUUAGCAAAAUUCUCGAGACUAAGGUGGCUGAUGCAUUUCAAAGUUCUAGUAUUUACAGACAAUACAUCAAUUCUCAAGUCAUCACACUGGUUCCUGAUGACAACAGUGUGACAGCACAUAUAUGGCUGGUAUUCAAGGCUCCCAGAUCAAUGAAGGAAAACCCAAGAAGAAGAAUUGAAAGCAUCUUACGUCAAAUGCUGAGGAACCACUCAGGAUCCUUGAUUACAGAUCCUGAUUUUCUUACACUCAAGGAAAUCAGUAAGGCCAAUGCUGAAAAUAUUAUCAACAACCGCUGUGGGAGACGAGCAAGGAUGUCAGCCACAUAUGAUAGAAUCAAGGGGGGCUCCACUGCUCAAGAAGGAGAGUGGCCCUGGCAAGCAAGUCUCAAAAAGAACGGCCAACACUACUGUGGGGCAUCUUUGAUCAGUGAAAGAUACCUGGUAACUGCAGCUCACUGCUUUAAAAAUACACAAGAUCCAAGAAACUAUACUGUCAGCUUUGGCACCAAAGUAAGUCCUCCCUAUAUGCAGCAUUAUAUUCAACAAAUUAUUAUUCAUGAAGACUACAUCAAGGGUGAACAUCAUGAUGAUAUUGCAGUUAUAGUGCUUACUGAAAAAGUUUUAUUUAAGAACGACAUACAUGCGGUUUGUCUUCCUGAAGCCACACAGAUUUUUCCACCAGGUGAAGGAGUUGUCGUUACAGGAUGGGGAGCACUUUCAUAUGAUGGUAAAUACCCAGUAUUACUUCAGAAAGCACCUGUGAAGAUUAUUGAUACAAACACUUGUAAUGCUAAGGAAGCAUAUAAUGGUAUGGUGGAAGACACAAUGCUGUGUGCCGGGUACAUGGAAGGAAAUAUUGACGCAUGCCAGGGUGACUCUGGAGGACCACUAGUUCAUCCCAAUUCCCGAAAUAUUUGGUACCUUGUUGGAACUGUGAGCUGGGGAGCAGACUGUGGUGCAAUCAAUAAGCCAGGCGUCUACACCCGAGUGACCUCCUACCGCAACUGGAUUGCCUCCAAGACUGGCAUCUAAGAGAAAAGCACCUUGUAGCCACCAUCUUAGGUCAUUCUUGCUUGUUACUCCUAAGCCUUAUUUAACAUGCAUUUUAAAUUAGUGUGUAUAAUGGCUGUUUUGAAAGAAUUGUGAUCCUCAGAGAAUAUUUAUGAACUUUAAGCAGACUCUACCAGACAAAACAAAAAGUCUCAUGUUUAGUCGAGAAAAGCCUAGUUAAAGAAAGUGCUUCUAUCAAAAAUGUACUAUUUGUUUUCUAUUUCAUGUACCCACAUCCUGCUUAUCUCACCACAGCAUAACACGCUUGGUUUUAGUCAUUCAGACAUUCUGGAAUUGUGAAAGUAUGCCCUUGUCCAUUGCAUGUUGGCAAGCAGCUCUGUGAGAGACUGGAACAAAUACACUCUGAGGGCUGGGCUGGAACAUGCGGUAUCUGCCUUCAUUUCCAGCUUCUGUGGAAGGGAUGUAGCUGUGAACUAAAUCUGGUCUGAAUUUAGGCAUAAUUUAUAGUCUGCUAUUUGCAGUGGAGCCUUGAUCAACUCUUGAAAUCAUUGUUUAAGAAUUUCACCAUCAGCAAAAAUAGCCAAAACAACACAUUUUUCACUUACAGAGACCAGGUACACUAACCCUGCAGUGGUCAUAUAGAUUUAGGUGGAGAUUCUUUAUUUGUAACAUAUACAAAAAGAAGUAGCUAUGAACCACGAAAAUGUUGUUUAAUUGAAACCAAUU